AUGAACGAAAAUUGUAUGACAAACGAUACACGCGCGCGCAAGCUGCACGUCCGUCAUUCCGACAAGUUCGCAUAUGCAUAUCACUCCGACGCGUGUGGCAGUUGUACGCAUUGCGCACGCGACGUGUACGAGUUCACGUUGCACGAUACGCACAUUGCGCACGCGCAGUUACGCGAGACGCGCAUCCACUACUCGCGCGUCUACCACCCGUGCCCCACCGAAGCUCGCGACAUCGCCCUGAACAUGCAAACUGACAGACCGUUCAUAGCCUUCAUACAGACGAUCAUCAAUAAGGGAGCGAACUUUGUAUUAAGUGCCAAUUUUGCCUUCUGGAUUGUAAGGACUUUGUUUGUACCUAUUUUACAAUUUAGGUAUUUCCUAGUACGUAAGUGGUCAGUGUAA